CGGCAGCUGGUUGCCAUACCAACCACCAACAUGGCAGCUGCAUCGCAGCUCCCCGGCGGUGGAGCGGAUUUAACGAGCAACCUGGAGGGUUCGGCAGCGGAUGGAGAUGUCGGGACGCCACCGGCGGCCGCGCGGGAAAAACCGGUGUGUCUGGUGGUCCUGGGUAUGGCGGGCUCCGGGAAAACCACCUUCGUCCAGAGGCUGACGGCUCAUCUUCACUUCCUGAAAUCUCCACCGUACGUCAUUAACCUGGACCCCGCCGUCCACGAGGUUCCCUUUCCUGCCAACAUCGACAUCAGAGACACGGUGAACUACAAAGAAGUGAUGAAGCAGUACGGCCUCGGACCCAACGGCGGCAUCGUGACAUCACUCAACCUGUUUGCGACACGCUUUGAUCAGGUGAUGCAGUUCAUUGAGAAGAAGCAGCAGAAUCACCGGUACGUCCUGAUCGACACUCCGGGUCAGAUCGAAGUCUUCACCUGGUCUGCGUCUGGCACCAUCAUCACCGAGGCGCUGGCGUCGUCCUUCCCCUGUGUGGUGAUCUAUGUGAUGGACACGUCUCGCAGCGUCAACCCCGUCACCUUCAUGUCCAACAUGCUGUACGCCUGCAGUAUCCUCUAUAAGACCAAGCUGCCGUUCAUCGUGGUCAUGAACAAGACUGACAUCAUCGACCACAGCUUUGCAGUGGAGUGGAUGCAGGACUUUGAGGUCUUCCAAGAUGCUCUGAACCAGGAGACUUCAUAUGUGAGCAACCUGACUCGGUCCAUGAGCCUGGUUCUGGAUGAGUUCUACACCAACCUGAGGGUGGUGGGCGUGUCGGCAGUGACAGGAAGUGGCCUGGACGAGCUGUUUGUUCAGGUGGAAGAUGCUGCCAAGGAGUACGAGAGGGAUUAUCGGCCCGAAUAUGAAAGACUCCGCAAACAGCUGGCGGAGACGCAGAGCAGGAAGCAGCAGGAGCAGCUGGAGCGGCUCAGGAAAGACCUGGGAGCCGUGAACAUGACCAGCGCGCCGCCUUCAGAGGACGCCGACAUCGCGGGACCCAGCGACUUCAUCAUGACACGCGGUAACCCUGACGACGGCGAGGAAGAGGAGGAGGACAGCGACACAGAUGACAUCGACCACAACGCUGCGGAGGAGAGCAAAGAGAAGGACGCCUUCGGGAACUUCCUGAAGGAGAGAAAGGAAGUGGUUCGGGCCCGAAACAGGAAGUGUGUGGUGCCUGAUGUUCCCUGACCCCCAGACCUCUGAUCCCGAACCUCUGGUCCCGGACCUCUGGUCCCGGACUGGGACGAAGUGAACUGUUGUGGAAGCCAUUCACCUCUGCAGGGUACAGACUAUCUCCUGAAGCAGAACCUGUCUGUGUUGAACUGACCUAUCAGUGACCCCCGACCUCUGACCCCUCCCACUCAUCAGAGCAGCUGAUUGGCUGCUUCUGCCCUGACUGAAAAUUCUAUUUUUAUAAAAGAAGUCUCCUGUUUGCUCCGUGUGGACUGUAGUUAGUGAAACACUGAAAAGAUUCCUGAGCUGCAGAAUAACGACGAGCUUUAGGUUCAGAUCUGGAUCUGGAUCUGGAUCAGACCUCUUCUGUUCUCACUGUUAGAACACAAACUGGAUUUUUGCUGCCAGUGGAAGUCUGCAGGUGUUCACGUGGUUCUGUUGGGACUCUGGUUUUUGUCAUUUCUCAGUCCAGCUUCGGCUCGGAUCAGAACCUGGUCCCGGUAGAACAGAGGGACUGGAAACAGGAGGUCUCAACAUCCACAGGUGUCCAGAAUCUUCUCUGACACCAGUUUUGGUUUGAAGUUGUUCCAGAUAGAUUCGUCUUCUCAUCCUAAAUAAUUUACUUCACUUUUUUGUUAGCGCAACUUUUUCUUUUUGUAAAAUGGCUUGUUGUUACCUUUCCUGCAGUUUGGUGUAAAACUCGUCGCAUUUCCUCCUGAUCAAUAAAGGUUCACUGAACCGGGAUGAGGGAACUAAACCUCUCCAUCACUGGGGAGGAGCACCAUCAGUCUUGUGCUCCUAUGUUUACGUACUCUGGCAGAAUAUGUGCCAGAUUCAGUUGUUUUGGGUCAUUUUUCAGAGAAUAUGAAUGAUAAAACUAAAA